ACGUUCGUCUAAUGAAUAUCAUCAUUACUCUCUUCCGAUGUUCAUCGAUCUCUAUUUUCACACAAGAAAACUGAUUUCAUUUCAUGGUCGCCCAAAUUUGGGAGUGAUUGGGAUUAAAUCUUUGUGUUUUGCAAGUUUGUUUGGUACUAUUCGGUGCAUGGGCGCCUCCUCGUCCCAAGAUAUGCCCCCUCCCGUUAUAAUCCAACCUAAAGGUCCCCACAAAGCUUCACUUAUAUUUCUUCAUGGACUUGGUGAUACUGGAAAUGGUUGGUCUGAUGUCUUGGCAUCAUUAGACUUGAAAAAUUUAAAGAUAAUUUGCCCUACAGCUCCUAUAAGACCAGUGUCACUGAAUGCUGGAAUGCCAAUGCCUGCAUGGUUUGAUAUUAAAGGAUUGUCUCCUGAUAGCCCAGAAGAUGAAGAUGGUAUCAAACAAGCUUCAGCAAAAUUAUUAGCAAUGGUAACAGAGGAAGAAAAGUCUGGAAUUCCCUCAGAGCGUAUUGCAGUUGGUGGUUUUUCUCAGGGGGGAGCAGUUGCUCUGCACACAGCUUACAGUACAAACAGACCUUUAGGUGCUUUACUUAUAUUCAGUGCAUGGAUGCCACUUUAUAAGAAAAUGGUAGCAGCGAAUGAACAAAACAAUAAAAAUACACCAAUAUUGCAAUGUCAUGGUACAAAUGAUCCGGUUGUACCUGUGAAAUGGGGACAGAUGACCAGCCAAUAUAUAGCAUCAUUUUCUACCAAACAUCAGUUUAAAACUUAUCCUAUGAUGCAUAGCUCACAUCCUCAGGAAUUAGCAGAUGCCCGAUCAUUCCUUCAAGAAAGUAUAUUAAAAGACAUUUAGUUAAUUAAGAGACAUGUUUUAAUAUAUUGUAUAUAAAAUAUAAUCUGUUUGAACUCACAUGUUAGAUAAUGUUUAUUUAUAUGCCAUCUUUCAGAUUAUUGCAGCAAAUUGAUCAAUAUUUGUUAAAGGGGCAGUAUGCAAAUUUUUUAUUAUUAAAUACAUCGUAGACUAUAUCUGAAAGUAUUUUUGGUAUAUGCUUUUUACAUCAAAAUAUAUCGUCUUAACCAAUCUUGAUUUUUUUGAAAGGGUUAAUGAAAAGCAAUUUGUACUAAUUAUUAAUUAACCAGUUUGACCUAGUUUUGGUGAUGGGUCACGUAAAUACUCAAUAUUUUUAGUAAUAUAAAAAGCAUAAAAAAUUAAGGGUAGAAUUUUUUUAGUUAAAGUUUAGUUAUGUUAAGGGACUAGUUCUCUAGAUUUUUAUGUAUAGUGUUCAUUAUUUUGAGCUCAAAAUAAUUUUGUUCUACAUAAAAAUGUUAAUGCCCCUUUAAAGAUCAUUUUCUAGAACAAUGUCACCUUGGUGU